GCAGCUCGGGCAGCUCGGGCAAUUAGACGGUGCGGGAACGGCGAAACAGGGUUUAAUUCGAUCAAAAGACACGGUAUAGUAUCUCGCGCCAAGUACACGCGAAGCGAGAUCGCAGACCGCACCGUAACUCUUUUACGCGUUUAGAAGCUAACCGUGGAACUUUAGACCGGGACCGGGGACUGUCACAGUCAGCAUGAAGGCUUUCGGAAUGCAAUUGAAAAGGGUUAUGAGUCAUUCAGAUAAUUGUAGUUAAUUUAAUUAUUUUUACACCAUGCAUUAGCAUGGAUAGCAAAGAGAUAAAUUAAAUAAAGUUAAAAAAAGUGAAUCAGUUUCGAAUUAAGCGAGUGAUGAGAUCUCCCGUCUUUUACGUUGUCUGGUUUGUGAUUCACCCACGAGCCACGUGACUCGUGUCCCGCCAAAAAAUGGCUACUGUUGCUGUUCAGUCGUUCAGUGUUCAGUAAACGAGUAAAUACGAGCACGAGCUUGCACGAGCCGGAGUAGCCGGACUAGCCAGAGUCGCGUUAAGAUGAAUCCACCGAACGUCGACGAUAAAAUGACUCGGGAAUAACAAAUCGUGCCUCGAUGCAACAUUCUCGAUACAAUCUUAAUUAGCGUGUUAAUCAGUCUCGUGGACGUCUCGGCGAGAUGGCGAAUCCGGGUAACAGGAUCGUCGUCCUGAUCGACAUGGACUGCUUCUUCUGUCAAGUCGAGACCAAGUUGCAACCGCAUCACGCCGGGAAACCCCUCGCCGUCGUCCAGUACAAUCAAUGGAAGAUGGGCGGGAUAAUAGCUGUCAAUUACGAAGCGCGGAGUUUUGGAGUAACUAGGCAUAUGAGAGGCGAAGAAGCUAAAGAGAAAUGUCCGGAUAUAGUUCUAGUCAGCGUUCCAUGCCUUCGCGGAAAAGCAGAUACGUCCAGAUACAGGAAAGCUGGUCACCAGGUUAUCGAAGUUAUAAAGAAGCACUGUAAUGUAAUAGAGCGUGCCAGUGUUGAUGAGGCAUAUCUUGACGUUACGGAUAUUGUCGAUAAGAGAUUAGCCGCAUCUAAAAUCCCUCCAAAAGAACUAAUAUCGUCUCUUGCAAACACAUAUGUCGUAGGAUAUUCGGAAGUCGGUAAAAAUAAUGAAGAGGAGAGACGUCAGGGGCUACAGACUUGGAUACUGGACUCUUUUAAAGAAAUGCACGACGUUCAAGCUCAGAGACUCGCCGUAGCUGGCGUAAUAAUUGAAGAGAUAAGAAAUAGUAUAUACACAGAAACCGGAUUCAGAUGCUCUGCUGGAAUUGCACAGAACAAGAUAUUGGCAAAACUGUCAUGCGGAUUACACAAACCGAAUUGUCAAACGAUUUUACCCGAAGCAGCUAUUCCAAGCCUUUAUUCGACACUUCCGGUAAAGAAGGUCCGAAAUCUCGGUGGAAAGUUGGGCGAUGACGUGGUCGAGUCUCUCGGUUGCAACGUUAUGGGAGAUCUACUGCAAUACUCCUUGGAACAAUUACAAAAGCGCUUUGACGAAAAAACGGGAUUUUGGCUGUACAAUAUUGCUCGAGGUAUAGAUGACGAGCCUGUCACUAACAGACUAUUGCAGAAGUCCAUCGGGGCGUGUAAAAAGUUUCCUGGGAAGCAAGCUAUUACCUCAUUGGAAGUGUUAAAACACUGGGCCGGGGAUUUGGCAGCGGAAGUCUGCGAACGGCUUGAGGAAGACUUUAUAGAUAAUCAGCGACGUGCAACGCUACUCGUAAUCUCUUAUCAUUACUAUCAGAACAAAAAUAUUAUAUCUCAAACGCGUUCGCUCGCCUUAAACUCGUACAAGCCGGAGAAAAUGGCGAGUCAAUGCGUGGACGUUGUCACCAAGUCCACGCAGUGCCCGGUAGUAUUCAUGGGCAUUUCUGUCACUAAAUUCGUGCCAUCGAAAGAAAGCGGUAGUUUUCUGAAAUUUUUUAAAAAUGCUAAACCGAAAGACAAGGAAGCCGUCAUUUUAGAUUCGCUUGGAGAUGCGACGAACUCUGCAUCUAGUUCAGAAACGAAAGAAGAGCCUUUCGCUACUGUCAAUAGCAAAGAAGUUUGUUCAUUGAAACCUGAAAGACAGAAAUCUCAAACGAUGGAAGAAUCUUCCGUGGUCAAAGAAUCCACCGCGAAGAACAAUGAAGGGACGAUGAAAGGAAAUAAAAGAAUCGUCAAUAACUUAAAUACGAGUACGGAGGAUUCGCCUAUGUCAAAAAGAGUUUCCAAGCUGGUCCAAGUAUGCAAUGAGCGCGACAAGAGAAAGAAUAAACGUUUAUCUGGUGUGGUAAUAGAUAAGAACGAUUUCCAAGAUUCAUUCUUUAUGAACGUAUAUAAGACAGGAGAGAAGAAAUGCUACAAUAAUAGCAAAAACGUUGUUACUGGGGAGGGAUCGAAAUGUAGGAAACAAUUGAUCGCAUCUAGUGCGGAUGAUGAGAACAUUGAUGAUUAUACAGAUGAUAAUACAGAUUUACGCAUACAAGAGGAUGGUGAGACACCUUCCACGAGUCACGUACCUGCUCCUGUAAACAGCAACAAUGAGAAACCUAUAGAGGAGAGUAACGAGAGAACUUCCGCGCAAAAUCCUUCGGUGCGAUUACGAGAGAUAUUUCCAAACUUGGAUGAUAUAGAUCCAGACAUCCUGUCCCUGUUGCCGGCCGAUUUACAGGAAGAAGCAAGGCGAUAUAUGAAAUCGAAUAAUAAGAAGCAGGAAAAUAUUAAGGUCAUUCGAGAAUUGCCGAAGGCAGGAAGAGGAAGACCCAGCAAGUCCAAACUCGCAGGCAAGAGCGGCAAGAGGCGCAGUCCCCUGUAUAAUUUCCUGAUCAAGACCAACUCGGACGAUGUGCCUCUAGAGCGGUGCGCCGAGUGCGAUCAAAUGAUACCCGUAACAAGGUUCAACGAACACGUGGACUUUCACGUCGCGCAAAACUUAUAUCAGGAGAUUAACAAGCCCACGUCAGUCGAAAAUGCAGGCACGAAGAGGAAACUGGAGGAUGACGAAACUGCUGUGACUUUCGUGAAGCGUCAAACGUCGAACGUUUGCGAGCUCGACAGGGAUUCUCGAUCGACAACAACGUUUCUUUCAUGAUCGUGCCUGUAUCUAAUAUUUUAUCAUUGACUCGUGAUGACAUUACAUUUCUAUUGCGGUUACGGAAAAAAAUUGUAGAAUAAAUAUUUUAUUUUAUAUGUGUAUACUUAAUAUAUAUAUAUAUAUUUAUGUUUAAUUAAAAGCUCAGAUGCUUUUAUAAAAUGCUUUUAUAAUAAACCGUUGUAAUAUAGAAACACUGUAACAUAUUAUAUUUUAAUUAUAGCGUCUCAUGUUUAAA